UCCGGAGCUUCACCCAGGCCCCGCCCACCCGAGGGUCAGGUGACCGACGGGAGGCGCGGUCACGUGACGGGCGCGCCCGCCAGUGGUGGCCAUGGCGGCCGCAGGCUCGAGUGUGGUGAAGCGAGUGGAAGAGCUCGGGGACUUGGCUCAGGCCCAUAUCCAGGAACUUAGCGAAGCCGCCGGCGAAGACGAUCACUUUUUAAUUCGGGCCUCUGCAGCUCUAGAAAAAUUGAAAUUUAUGUGUGGAGAAGACAAAGCAUGUUCAAAUCCAUCAGAUCUUCUAGAACUUUAUACACAGGCUAUUUUGGACAUGACAUAUUUUGAAGAGAACAAGCUAGUAGAUGAAGAUUUUCCUGAAGAUUCUUCUCCAAAAGUAAAAGAGCUGAUCAAUUUUCUUUCAGAACCAGAAAUAAUAGUUAAAGAAAAUAAUAUGCAUCCAAAACACUGUAAUUUACUUGGGGAUGAACUUCUGGAAUGUCUUUCUUGGAGACGAGGAGCCUUACUCUAUAUGUAUUGUCACUCUCUCACCAAAAGAAGAGAGUGGCUCACAAGAAAAUCUGGUUUGCUUAAAAAGUACCUUGUUGAUGGAAUUCGUUACUUGCUACAGAUGCUAAAUUUUCGGUCUCCUGUCCAGCUAAAUGAAGAAGUUUCUUUCCAAGAUCUAGAUACAGCUAAAUUACUGAGUGAAGGAAUAUUUAGUGAUAUCCAUUUGCUGGCUAUGAUGUACAGUGGAGAAAUGUGUUACUGGGGAUUGAAACAUUGUGCCGAACAACAGCCAGAAAAUAAGGAAACUGAUCCUGGUGAUUCUGGAGCAAGCUACAUUACACACAAAGAACCUUUGGAUUUCCGAGAAGUAGGAGAAAAAAUUUUGAAAAAGUAUGUAUUUGUAUGUGAAGGACCCCUAAAAGAACAAGAAUGGAAUACAACAAAUGCAAAACAAAUCUUAAACUUCUUUUCAGCAUCACACUAAGUAGUAAGUUUAUCCAAUACUUUCAGUCAGAAAAACAAAGACCCAUGAAAUGGAAAAGUUCCAUUAAAGAAGACAUAUUGACAUUCUGAAUUUAAGAACUUUACACUACAUAAAAGAGUCCUAGCAUGGCUAUCCUUUUUAAAAUGCUGUUGUCAUCUUUGUUAUAUAUUCUUUUUUUCUUUUCCUUUUUUUGAGGGGAGGGGAGGGGUUUGGGCCACAAUGCCCAGGUCUUACUCCUGACUGUUCUCAGGAGUCACUCUGGCAGUGCUCUGGAGACCAUAUGUAUUAAUGGAGACCAUAUGUGUUAAUGAGGGUCAAGCAAUGCAAGGCAAGCCCCUUAGUCCCUGUACUAUCUUACUAGUCCCCAUUAUAUAUUCUUAAAAUUCAUGAAGGAACAGUUUUCUUUUUUAAUUUCAAAAUGGGAUAUGCUUUACUCUAAACUAAUCUGAACUAUAGAUAUCCUGUCAUCUGAAAAUUAAACUAAUAAUAAGUAACCCAAUUUAGGUUUAUGAAAUAAUCUAAUCCUUUAGAUUAUUUUUAUUAUGCUAAAGUAUUCAAAAUAAGGUUGAACAUCAUAACUAUUUUAGAUGAAAAAAAUCCCUGUCUUGAAUUUUGCUGUGCUUUAAGGUUAAAAACAAGGCACCUCAUUGCUAUGAAUCUAUAUUACAGAUAUAAUUGGCAAAAAAUGUGACUAAUACUCAGGUUCUAUUUUCAGAUGAUAGUGAAAGAUUUUACAAAAUAAUUUUUACCUAAUCAUUUUUCUAUGUAUUAUAAUGGCAUUUAAAGUUUUUAUUCUUUAGACAUUUUAUAAAAAUCAUAAAAUGAGUUUCCUGUUUUGUUUAAAAGAAUAUUCAUGGUUUAUCGAAUAAGUAAUGAAGAUAAAACCAAAUUAAGUUAGUUCAGUUGAACUCAUUUGUCUCUAUGGCACAUGCUUUUAUAUGUAUUAAAAUGUUUUCCCUUUAUUUCUGAUAGUAGGGCUAAGUGAUAAUGGUGAGAGUGCCUCACUUGCUAUCUUGCAUACAGUCUUUCUGUCUACCUCAACUCCUAUUGCCAUCUUGGGUGAUCUGUCUUAAUAUCUUGCUGAAAUCCUUAACCUUUGUGCCAGUGAACUUAUCACAUUCCAGAAAUUUACUCCCAGGGCUAUGUCUUGAAUAUCAUCAAUCAGCUUUUCUCUCUGAAAUUAAGUUGGCAAUAGUUUUUAUCUACCAAUCUUUCCAUCUCUUGAUAUUUUGGUAGUAUUUUUUUUCAUUUGUGUUCUGCUGUAUCUGUGUUCUCUUCACUGUCUUCUCAUGGCUUUUUUUUUUAAACUAUUCACCCCUUUCAGAUUCCUUCCCCAGCCUUAGCUUUAUGGGGCACUAUAUGAAGUCUUUCCGCAGUUCCUUCAAAUCUGUCUUUCCUUGUUCCCUUGCCUAAUUAUUCUGCAAGCCCUCAUCAUUGAAUUAAUCCUGCUCUGAGGUGCUGAGUUCCAUGUGAAGUCCAUGCAGCCUUUCAAGAAUGGAAUUGCUGUCUCUGGCCUUCAUUUUAAGUCUUUCACAUGUUACUGGUGUGUUACCCUUUCAGUUUUCUUAGGGUGGCUAAAUUGUCUCUUAACUUCCCUCAAGCCUUUGGUCUACUCCUUUACCAUAUGGUUCUUGGGAUGAGUGUACAAAUAAUUGGGAGUAUGAGGCCAGUUUAUAUUUUAAUAACUUAGUCUUAUAUUUCCCCUUUGGUUAGGAAAAGAGGUACCUGCUUUCUUUUGAAGACCUGUCUUUAUUUUCCUCCCUGCUAGCUCCCUCAUUUUUCUGGUGCUUCUUUAUAAAUACUAUUAUUCCUUGGAGUUAUGUCCUAUUUCUCUUCCCUUUCUCCAUUUUUUGCCCUUCUAGUAUUCUUCUAAACAGUGUCAUAUUUAAAUAUCCCUUCCUCUGCCAUGUCUAUUAGGCUGACUUCCAAAGUUGCUAUAAGAUUCUCAGCUUCUCUCAUGGUCAUUUUUUUUUUCCUAAUUGCAUGUUAGGUAUCUUCACACAGACCCAUCUCAGUAAAAUGAGAUUCAGUACUCAUCUUUCAUCUACAACCUUUUCUGGCUUAUGGUUCUUGUUUUUCAGUCUUCCAUGAGUAGGCAACACAGAAUGCUAUCACAGAGCAUCUGCCUACUUUCUCAGGCCAUCUGUGUGAAUUCUGCUCCAGUUCAGUGUUCUCAAUAUUUAAAAGCCAGACUCCUUUUUGCUAGAUUAUUGAACAUUUUGAUAGAGCCUCUCAGCACAAGGAGAAUCUCUCUGUACUCUGCCUGGCUUACUUGUGUUUCCUUAUAGCACUCUAUGAAGGUUAUUUUAUUUAUCUUUUAUAAGAGGCUACUUAGGCAUUCCUGAGAUCAUCGAGAAUAACUGGUUCUGGGCCACCACAGUAAAAUGAAUUGCAAGGAUUUUUUUGUUUUAUUUCUUGUUGCAUAUUAAAUUAGGUUUAGUACUGUUUAAAGUUUAGUCUGUUAAAUAAUAAUAAGUAAUAACUUUAGUCUGUUAAAAGGUAAAGUAGAUUUGUGUCUUACAAAGUAGUGUAUAGUCCCUAAUUAGACAUGAUACAGAGACACAAAGUGAGCCUGUAAUGUACAGAAAAAUCACCCAUAAUCUCACAUAAUGCAGGGUUGUGCAGACCUUGGAUUUGUUAAAAAUUGUAACAUCUGCAGCAGUGCAAAUGUGCAAUUGAAUAGAGCACGAUAAAAAUGUAUGUCUGGACUGUAGCUUUGUGCUUUGUAAAGCUGUAAGUAAUGUUUAGUAUGAUUUUUAGAAGCACAGACUGCUCAUUCCAUCUCCCUUUUGGAGCAUCUUGAUCAAUGACAAGUAUUUCUCAUUCCUUCCCCAGAGUGCUGAUGUUUUUCUUUCCCCUUCAAUGCUGUUUGCACAUUUAAUUAUUAAUACCUGAAAUGCUUUGUCUUCCUAUAUGGUCAGAUGAAUAACCUAAUUAGCUUUUAGAACUCA